CUUGUCAAGAUCAUGCAACGAUCUCACCUGAAGUUUCGGACUUUGGGGGACUGACUUAAACUUCUAAAAGAAGGACAUUACAAAUGACUGGAAGGGAUAAAGUGACAUAAUACUGCUAUAUAAGUUCUUUUAACAAUAAUUAGUAUCUUAUAUAUUGUUCUCUAUAAAGUUGUAGCCUACCUUAAUUGCCUGUGGGAAAGAAAAUACGUCCUCGCGUGUCGGUUACAGUAUCAGGUGCAGCGGCCACCCAGGAACUUCAGUGCUUCUGAAGUUGUCCUGACCGCCCUCCACCACUAGAGAGUGCUGUGACUUCUCCAGUCAAUGGGAACAAACCUGCUCUCAUUCACAUGAUGAUUGCCACGCCGCCACACUCCCCCCGUAUCCCAGAACCCUCGGCCCUCAUGGCCGGCCAAUGCUUCCGCUGCCCGGCCCCGCCCCCCAGUUCCCCUAGCGAGGGCCAUUAUCCACGGCGGCCCACCUCCGUGUCCUUCUCAUCCCUGGCCACACACACCUUGGAGCCCUUGCGCAGGCACAGCUUCCAGCCAGCGAUGGCUGGGUGGAGGCAGAAUCGACAGCGCAGUAUGAGUCUGGAGGACUUGGAUCCAGAGGAGAUGGAGAUGGUUCUCUUCGGGGCCCUGGGGGGUCCAGUCUCCAGGGGGGGGCGGGAUCUUCGCAGAACCCCCAUCACCGCCUUCGGCCAGCGACUGGACAACCUGCUGUCACUCACCGAGGAGGAGGCGAGCUCAGAGUCCCAGCUCUUCUCCUCAUUGGAGGAGUCUCAUCUGCAGGGCUUUACUGCCUCUGCCCCCUCUCUGUGUGCCAGUCUCAGCCAGCUCCAGCUCUCCAACACCAGCCUACACCCUCACACACACCCUCAGCACCACCAACACGACCAGCAGCAGCAGCGCCAUCGCUCAAGUUCCAAUGCCAGUUCCUACUCCAGCAACAACCAUCACUACCAGGAAUCAUCUCUGACGUCUAAAUUUGGAGGCUCCACACAAAGUGUGGAUGCAGAGCUGGGUGAGCUGUAUACGAGAGAGAAGACGGAGUGUCCAGGCGGAGAGAGGGAGUGGAAGAGGCGGGGGGAGGAGAGGAGGACGGAGGGAGCAAGGGGGGUUCCCCCCGGGGAGGACAAGGGGGAGAAGACAAGCUCACUGGGACGCACCUUCAGCUUCCUGCUCAAGAUGGCCGGGCCCCGCAAGAACAAAGAGAAGGAGCGCAUGAAGGAGAGAGAGAAGGAGGCGCGCGACAGGGAGGCGCGCUACAGCAACGGCCACCUCUUCACCUCCCUCACCGUGUCCGCCACCACGCUCUGCUCAGCCUGCAACAAGAGCAUCACCGCCAAGGAGGCACUCAGCUGCCCCACCUGCAAUGUCACCAUCCACAACCGAUGUCGAGACACACUCGCCAACUGUGCCAAGAUGAAACAGCGGCAACAGAAGCUAGCUCUGGUGAGGAACAGCACGGCGCUACAGAACGUGGCUCUGAGGACCAAAACUCCUAUGAUGAAGGAGAGACCCAGCUCAGCCAUCUAUCCGUCCGACAGUAUUCGUCAGUCCCUGCUGGGCGCGCGCCGCGUUCGCUCCGGCCUCUCCCUCUCCAAGAGCGUCUCCACCACUAACAUUGCAGGGAACCUGAACGAUGACUCUCCACUGGGGCUGCGCAGGAUCCUGUCCCAGUCUACAGACUCCCUCAACUUCAGGAACAGAGCCAUGUCCAUGGAGUCCCUCAACGACGAGGGGGAGGUGUACUACGCGGCUAUGCUGGAGGAGUUGGAGCGUGAGGGGAAGGACUUUGAGGCGGACUCCUGGAGUCGGGCCGUGGACUCGUCCUACCUGCAGACGCACCGCAAGGACGUCAUCAAGAGGCAGGACGUCAUCUACGAGCUGAUCCAGACCGAGUUCCACCACGUGCGGACCCUGCGCAUCAUGGAGGGCGUGUUCCGCCAGGGCAUGCUGGAGGAGGUGCUCCUGGAGCCGGGCGUGGUGCACGCCGUCUUCCCCUGCUUGGACCAGCUCCUGGCCCUGCACACGCGCUUCCUGGCCCAGCUGCUGGCUCGCCGCACGCACAGCCUGGCGCCCGGCAGCACCACCAACUCCACCAUCCACCAGCUAGGGGAUGUGCUCACCGAACAGUUCUCGGGCCAGUGUGCGGACGAGAUGAGGAAGGCCUAUGCCGAGUUCUGCAGCCGCCACCCCAAAGCUGUCAAACUGUACAAGGAACUGCUGGCCAGAGACAAGAGGUUCCAGCACUUCAUACGGAGGGCGAGCCGCGGUCCCCUGCUGCGUCGCCACGGUGUCCAGGAGUGCAUCCUGCUGGUGACCCAGCGCAUCACCAAAUACCCGGUGCUCAUCCAGCGCAUCCUGGACAACACUAAGGGCAGCGAGGAGGAGGCCCAGUCCAUAUCCUGCGCCCUGACUCUGCUCCGCGAGCUGCUGAGCUCGGUGGACCAGCAGGUUCUGGAGCUGGAGCGGACCCAGAGGCUGCAGGAGGUGCGGGCCAGACUGGACCCUCGGGCCCAGGCCGAGGUGCGGGGCGGCGGGGUGUUCCGGGGAGGGGAGCUGCUGCGGAGAAGGCUGCUCCACGAGGGGACCCUGCUGUGGAAGACGCAAGGCUCCCGCCUCAAAGACGUCCAGGUGCUUCUGAUGACAGACAUCCUGGUGUUCCUGCAGGAGAAGGACCAGAAGUUCAUCUUCCCUUGCCUGGACAAGCCAGCCGUGGUGUCUCUGAAGAAUCUCAUAGUGCGGGACAUAGCCAAUCAGGAGCGCGGGAUGUUCCUGAUCAGUGACUCCACCCCCCCGGAGAUGUACGAGCUGCACGCCGCCUCCAAGGACGACAGGAAGAACUGGAUGAAGCUCAUCCAGCAGACCGUCUGCAGCUGUCCCUCCAGAGAAGACUUCCCCCUGAUAGAGACGGAGGACAAAGCCCUGCUGCGCAGACUGAGAGCGGACAUCCAGCAGAAGGACCGGGAGGUUCUGGAGCUUCUGCAGGAGAGGGUCACCCUGUUCUCUGACCUGGCCGAGGUCACAGGCUGCGGCCAGGAGGCGGCCCCUCCCAACAACUCCAGGAACAUGUUCCGGGCCGACACGCCGUACGCCCCCCAGGCAGAGUGUCUGCUCACUGACGCCAUCUCCGAAGUGGACAGACUCAGUGAACUGCUGCUGGGCUCCAACAUCGAGCUCCCGCAGAGCUCCAGUACCAACGGAACCAGCAGUACCAACAGUGACCAGAACCACACUGGGGCGCCAGUGAGCAACGGUGAUUCCAUUUCCAUCAAUGGCACUCAUGAGACCAAUGGAAGUCCUUCACCCAAGGACAGGAAUGGUAACCAGCUACAAGACAGGUCCCUCAAUGAGGAGGUGUGCCAGCGACUGGUCAAUGUCAGUGCCCAGCUUCAUGCUUUGCAGGCUGCCGUCAUCCGCCAAGACUCCAUCCUCGAGCUCUGCCCCCGCGAGGGCCUGGCCUCCUCGGCCCCCCCCACCCCCACGCCCGCCUAUGCCCCCGCGCCGCUCCACCCCGUCGCCAAGCUCAACCGCUCCAUGUCCCGCGACACGGGCCUGGACGCCAGCACGACGGCGGCGGCAGCCAUCGACGACGCGGCCAUGCUGCAGAGGCAGAACGCGUUCCUGCAGGAGGAGCUGGUCAGGCUGCGGCCCCUGGAGGCCAGGCUGAGGGAGAGCGAGAGGGCCCGCGCCCUACUGGAGCAGCAGCUGAGGGAGGCGCAGGGCCGCAGAGGCAGCCGAGGCAGCAACGGAGACAUCGGGGACGUUAUGGUGUCUGAGCAGGCUCUGCCCAAAAGAAGAGGGAGUGCCGAUGGAGAAUCCGGCCCGGUCGCGCCAUUGGCCUGCCAGGAACCCGUGGACCAAUUAGACGGCGUACAGGAGGGCAGUGAGGAGGAGUCUGAUGAGGAACCAGAUGUAGUGAGGAUUUCACCUCGCUCCGACAGCCCCAGAGAUCUCCAAGACAUCCCAGAGGAGGCCGAAUGCGGGCCGGAAGCACGGGAGUCCGAGGCAGACACAGAGACGGUUCAGAGUUAACGUCAACCCGGGCCCCAGGACCGCACCCAGCACACACAAUACUACCCAGUAAACCAAACCUGAGAACCAGACCGUCCUCCAAUCAGCCAACCAAUAAACCAACCAAGCAAUCAACCAAUCAGACCGUAUACUCCUCUUUAGUAAUUUCAUCUGAUCUGUUUUGUUUGCAUUGACAUAGGCGAGCCAAUAAGGAAUUCUGCAUCUUAUGGUUUUCCCUUAGCUCUAAGAUGUUGAAGAAAUAGUAGUUUUCAUGUCAUUUUCAUUGUGUUAUGAGCUUCGUCUUUGGGGAUGGAUGAGCUUCGUCUUGGGGGAUGGAUGAGCUUUCCCCGACUCGGCACCUUCUCUGUCGCCAUCUCCCGCCGUAGGAGAGGGAGUGAGGGGAAAGACGGGAUUCCGAGAACACAAGGAUUCGAAAGACGUAGGUUUAGGGUUAGGUUUAGGUAUCCGAUGAUACCCAGUAGGAACUAUAAUACUGUGUACUGUAACUGCCUGUUGUUGUUUCGUAAGACCUCAUUUGAGACUUGCCUUGUCUGGCUGACUGAUUAAUGCUGAACUCAGUACCGAUGGAGGGGGCGGGGUUAUACUGUAUAUACUUAUUGAGAUGUUUUUGCAGGUCUUAAUCAACUCUUGCCUCACCCCACCCCCCAAAUACUCUCUCUUGAACUUGGAUUGAUCCUUUUUCAAACAACCAAAUGUUUUUAUGUUUUUCCUGUGAAGGCAAGGGUAGUUAGCUCACAAGGAAUUUUGUACUUACUUUAUAUGAUAAGCAGAUGGGUGUUUUACUAUGAACUGUUACUGAACUACUUACCAAGGACCACAGUGACACAAACAUUUAUUGUUUGCUAAGUAAAACCAACAAUAACCAAUUGGGAGUUGUUAAAUUUCUUAGUAAGGGCUGACUCAACCACAUUAAAAUGAAUAUAUGUGGACUGUUUUUAUGUUGAUAGGCUUCUUCAGUAUUACAGUCGUGUGUUUCUAUGUGGUGUACACUGCACUUAACGGUUGGAAGUCUGAAGAGAAAUUAAAUUAAUAUUCUCUAUUCUAUAAAUUGAGGUAUAUCAUACAGUUUGAUAAACUUGCAUCAAUUUAUUGGACACCAAUAGACCUUUUUAAAAUGUGUAACUUCUCACUUAAUAUGAGUGUAUUCAAAACUAAAACAGUUUGAUGGGAUUUAAGGAUGUCCAUUUAACUUUAAAAAGAAAAGCACACAAUUUUAUUGUUGAAUGCUACAAAAUAUAUCACAAAGAAGUUUUUGUCUGUAUAAAUAUUUGAUCUGUUAUGGAAAAAAGAAAAUGUUGACUUUGUACAUGGUAAUGUUGUAAUAUUAUUGUCUUUUUACUUUAAUUCUACUUAAUAUCCUUGUUCGUUUAGUGUGCUGUUCAUAAACCUUACAGAAUGUAAAUGUCUUGGGUGUGUUCAUUCUCUCUCUCACUGAAUGUUUUCCAAUUAGGUGGCAAGGAGAUCAUUAAUAAUAAUUUCAUUAAUUAUCUCAUCAACAUUGAGAAAACAAAGUAGAAUUACUUCACUGCCUCAAUUCUGAAACUCGAUCAGGCCCGCUAUUAUUUCAAAGUUCAAUCAAGAUAGUAACGUCUCUGUCAAUAAAGGUGCGUCCCUGAUCAUUUCAACGUGCCCUCUUUAAGUUCACAAGCACACUGGGGCUAUCUGUUCAGCUGUCCAGACACACCUUAGUGUGGGAGAUAGUAUUACUUUACAAAUCUGAAACGAUAGAUCUCUCCAGGGAAGCGAAUUCUGAAUAGGGGCUUUCCAAGUACGUUUAUCUCAAUCAGGUGAGUUUGGAUCUUGUGAGCUAGAAUUGCAAAAUGUUUCUUUCGAACCAACGAACUACCAAUGUAUUAAGCUUUUCUAGAUGGAAUAAUCAAUAAGAACGAGAUUAUCGAAUGUAUUUAAGAAGCGAGAAAAAUAAAUUGUUAUAAUAGUCCUCGUGGGACAUUUGUUGUUUUGUUAGGCUACUUAAUAAACACUGUGGACGGACCAUU